AAAAGGAGCUGAAAUAUGUUUUACUGCAGCCGAGAUCCUGCCAAAGCAUCCAAUUGUAGUAAAAGUAGCAGCACUUCGGCCAAGUCUCAUGGACCUUACCACCAACCGUAUUCACUACUGGACAUUACCGCCCGGAUCGUUGCCCAAAAUGAACCAUUCCAGAAGAUCGAGGAACGCUACGACCGGAUCCCGGAACCGGUUCAAAGACGCAUCGUGUUUUGGUCCUUUCCACGCAAUGAAAAGGAUAUCUGCAUGUACAGUUCCUUGUCAAGGGUUUCCUCCAUCAACUCGGUGGAAUCACAGAGCCUCAGUUUCUGUACCGGAUUAAAAUUGGUUGAAACUGGCUGUGUGGAGAACGUGCUGCAGGUUGGCUUUCAUCUAAGUGGCAUCGUUUGGUCACACCCACCUAACCAAAUCGAGCGCCACAACAGCGGCAACAGUGCAGGGUCGUCGUCGUUGUCGUCUUCCGGAAGCCGCAAUAAUGAGCUUGGCUAUCCACUGCCACCGGCCAACCAGAAUCUUUACAACAAUUACCAUCACCAUAACCAUCAUCAGCAGCCACCGCUCCAUCACCACCAUGCACAUCAGCAUCAUCCCGUGCACCAUCACCACCAACAGCAGCAGCACCAUCCGCAUCAAAACCACCAUGCACCACCAUUAUCCCCACCACCGCCCGCACCUGCUCACGUGCAUCAAGUGCAACCGCAAGGUGGUGCGGCUGGAGGAGGAGGAGGGCCCGGUGUUGGUAUGCAGGUGGCAGCUGCAGCAGUGGCCGCCGCAGCAGCUGCGGCUGCUGCUGCCGGCGUUCCUCCGCCACCGGGUGCAGGCGGGGCACACAUGGUGGUAGUUGCACAGCAACCAAUCGCAAUGGCCGCUCAGCAACUUGCUCCGAAUGGACAGCAGCCUUUCAACGGUGCAAAUAUGGAUCAUCGCGAUGCAUUUAACAACAUCUCCAUCGGUGGUCAAGUUAGUUCAAAUGGCGGUGGAUUGGAGGAAAAUAAGAAAUUUAAAGUAUCCGUUAGCUUCGAUCGAUGCAAGAUAACUUCCGUCACGUGCAGCUGCGAUACAAAGGACAUAUUUUGGUGCCAUCAUGUGGUCGCACUAGCCCUGUACCGCAUAAGAAAUGCCGAUUCGGUGAAACUAAGAGUUCCUAUAUCCGAGACGCUGCUCCAGAUGAAUCGGCAACAAUUGCAAAAGUUCAUUCAAUAUCUGAUCGCCGAACACCACACGGAAGUGUUGCCGACGGCCCAGCGCCUUGCAGAUGAGAUAUUGCAGCAACGUUCCGAAAUCAAUUCAAUCUGCGGUGCACCAGAUCCAACUGCCGGAGCAUCGAAAGACGACGAUCAUUCGUGGCAUCUUGAUGAGACGCAGGUUUGCGAAGCGGUCAAGACGUAUCUCGGCCAAGGUAGCUAUUACUACAGUAGCAAGCAUUUGAAUUCACUGUUUGGUAAGGUGCGGGAGAUGCUUCGUGCGCAAGACUCGAACGGUGCCCGUAUGCUGACACUUAUAACGGAGCAGUUCCUAAGUGAUCCACGGCUGGUGCUGUGGAAAAACCAUGGCACACCGAUGACGGAGAAAUGUCGUCAGCUGUGGGAUCAACUCGGUGCCUUGUGGGUGUGUAUAGUGCUGAACCCGAAAUCAUCGCCUGGAGAGCGGAUGCACUGGAAGUCACUGCUGGAGAAGUGGUCCAAGAGUGAUGUGUGCCCACAGGAGGAUCCGGACCUGCGUACAUCACCGUCGUCUAGUCGCGAGAGUGUGCGUGACCGCUCGAAUCGUGAACGGGAGCGUGAUCGUAACAGAUUCUUUCGUGAGAACAAUCUGCGCAACAUGAUGUACUACAAUCACCACCAUCAGCCUCAUCAGCAUCAACAGCAGCACAAUAACCUGCCAAACGGUGGAGGAGGCCAUGACAAUCCGAAUCGCAAUCACUACAAUCACCAUCGGUACGGUGCGCUAAAAAAUCGCAAUGGAGAUAAUGGUAAUCGGGGUGGCAAUAAUCAUCAUAACGAUCAGUACGAUAGCUCUGAGACGGAUUCCGACUCCGACGAUGAAUUGGAUGAUGCAAACGAAGAUGAGGUUGCUGGUAACAAUGGCCAAGAUGAGGAGGAAGACGGUAACGAAAAUGGAGGAGUCAUUAACGAUCACGAUGAGGAAGAUGAUCACCAUCACGAUGAUGAGGAAGCGGAAAGGCGCAGAGAGGAUGAAAAUGGCAUGGAGGAAGAUGUAGUCGAUCAAGUGCACAACAUACUGCAGGAUAUCAACUUUACCGAUGGAGCAGAACCCGGUCCGAGUAGGAAACUUCGGGACGAAGAUGGUGAGGUACGUGAUUUCAUGAACCUCAAUCUGAUGAAUGUUCCGGAGGAUGGGCAUCGGUCACCCGAAAUGAUGCCAGAAAAUGACGACAGCUCACGAGAAUCGAUGGAUGUCGAUGGAACACCGUCAGCCAGCGGUGUGGUGGGUCGAGUUAGCUCUGUUGGCAGUAGUGCUGGUGCCAGCAGUUCUAAAUCUGGUGGAACUAACGUCGGCUUCUUUCAGAGUCCGUGCAUCUGUGGGGAAGAUAAAUGCGAAUGCAACCGGCCUGUGUUUCUGGACGAUAUAAAGCCGAAGAAAUUUUUUGAUUGUGUUGCAGCGGCAACUGCUGGUGGUAAUGUUUCCAUGCCGGCAAGUGUCAGUGCGCGUAAUUUCGAUGUCAGCGAGGAUGCCAAUCAGGAUUGUAUAGAACUUUCGAAAGAUAUCGAUAUGGUGGUCGCAUCGAGUGGAACGUCUAAGGCCGGCACCUUAAAGUUGGGUUCGAGCGAUGAUGCGAUUGAAACAAUUGCCGGAGCUUCUUUCUCUUCCUCGUCAUCGUCCUCUUCCUCUAGUUCUUCGAUUUCAACCAUCGUGGAUGAGCAUCAGAAAGAGGUGGAUCAGGUGGACUUUGAGAAACCAGGACCGUCGGGAUUGAAUCGCUCCCGUAUCAACGCUAUGGAGGUAGAGACCAACUCCUCGACUGGGAUGUCUUCCAAUUCUGCAAUAAGCAAUGGCGCCCGUUUGACACACGAUGAUUGUCAUGAGUGUGAUCAAGAGCAGGACAAAGAAAAGCCGGCGGCAGUGUGCAAGAAACCAAGGGAAGAUGAUAAUGAAGCGGGACCAAGCGCUAGUUCCUCGUCUCAUGGAGUGAAGCGAUCGAAGGAAUCAAUUAAGGAAGAUGUGGAUGAUGCAGAGCUGGAUGCUGAAGCUGGACCCAGCACGAGGCGCGUUAGCGCGGAUGAUGGAUCUCCAGUUGCAGGUGGUUCAGGACUGAAUGGAGUAGCAUCCUUGGAAGUUCGUGUGAAACCGGUAAAUGUUGGUGAUGGAAAUGCGGCUGGCGCUGGACGGCCCUGUAAGCGUCUAAAAUUAAACAACGGUUCUUGGGUUAGCAAAAAUGGCAACAAAACACCUCGUACCAUUUUCCACAAAGCACUCGAUGCGGUAAACAUGUCCUGGGAAAAUGAACACUUGAAGCGCAUCCUUGAGUCUGAUAGCUAUAAGCUUUCGAGUCGCAAUUCGGUGCAAAUAGCUGGCUCUAGCAAGACUCCGGUAGCAAACCACCCGAGUGUUAAAUCUAACUUCAAUGCGAACGGGCAACCGUUGUGGCAUGAGAAGAUUUCGAUGACUGCAGCAAGAAUCGAUUCGUUACGUUCGCAUGGUCACAUGGAAGCGGCCCUACGGUUGUCCGUAAGCGUCGUGAGAACGAUGCGUGAAAUUCAGCGCGAAGCACAAGCGCUCUGGCUUCGGCACAAACCAAAGUUAACUCCGUCGCAAGCAAGCGCUAGUGAACAACAACAGCAGCAGCCGGUUGCUGGGACUUCUGGUUCGGGAUCAGGUUCGUCUAAUGCAGGACCACCUCGCUGUAAUUGUGGCCCUUCUCGAGUUUCGUCGGUAGAAUCUUCUUCGAGUCGGAAAGAGGCAAACACUGCCAAGCAUAUGCACCAUUCUUUGUUACCUCCACCUCCACCACCACCUCCGUUGCCAUCGUCUUCUGCUGCUUCCAUCCAGCAACAGCAACUGAUUCAACAACAGCACCACCAGCAGCAUCACCAUCAGCAUUUGUUGCAGCAGCAACAACACCAACCACAAGCAUCUACUUCAUCGGGGAUGAAAGCUGGCUGUCAAUGUCAGUCGCACCGUCAUCAAUCGCAAAGCUCAGCCCACUUCCCUCCUCCGCCACCACCUGCGCCAUUGAUGGCUGAUCUCCAUCCACCGCAUGCACCCCCAGUUCCAGCAAUGAAGAAAGACUGCUCUAAAUGCAUUCAAAUAAAAUGUUACUAUGAAUCGGUCGGUUCUGGUGCAUCCCUGAAGCAUAAUGGUCCUAUGGCUGGCCCCUCUCAUGGAGCCCUCAGCAGUGCCCACCAUAGUCAUCAACCACCUCCACCUGUACCGCCGAUGUCGUCUUCGGCGUCAGCUGCCGUUUCCCAGCAUCAGCGAAUGCACCGCAAUUCGAGUGGGAUGAUAUGCAGCUCGUCAAAAUGUAACCAUUUUAUUGCUGGCGGGCCCAGUGGUCCGGGCCUAAUUCCACCGCAGCCUCCCCAUGAAUUAUAUCGCAAAGUACCGCAUUGUCCUACGACUUCCUCGCAGCAGCAACAAGCGUCAGUGAAUCAGGCACACUGUAGUCGUGAUUUUCGUUACAUGAAGUUUCCCAAUGUUCCUCCAACUCAUCCACACCAUCAUCACAAUCAUCAUCAGCACCAGCAUCAUCAUCAUCACCACCAUCAUCAGCAAAAUCAACAUCCGCAACAGUUACAAAAUCCACAUCAUGCUGCACCCUCUGGAGCCGGUAUGAUGGUUCCGGUAGGAAUUCGUCAACCACCUCCUUCAUGUCCAGUUCCGGGGCCAUCCACUUCUCGAACGCACGCAAUCCCGCCGGCUGAUCCGUCAAUGUCUGCUACUAUCACACAAUCAUCGGUAACGGUAACAACGGUUUCGUCCCACACAACUUCCGGUAGCUCGAAUGGCACCGGUUCCAUCGUGACGUCCGCACCGACCACUGCUUCUACAUCAAAGUCUUCCUCUGCAUCUUCGACAUUGGCUGCUACUACUUCGUCCUCGUUUCAAACCAAAUGUAACUGUCCCAUCCAUAAGGAGGAAACAGUGCCACAACCUGCUCAAAGUCAGGCUACAGUACCACCACAACCAUCAUGUCAUCCGACCGAUGGUAACGUUGGACUACCGACCAUUAGCACGACGGUAUCAUGUUGCGUGAAGCCCAUUUGUUGCUCGUUGGCAAUAACGCAGCACAACAACCAUUCGCAACACAAACCACAGUCAGCACUUCCUGGUCCAUCGUACGUGCCGUCUACGACAUGUGGCGGAUGUGCAAUGCAUGCAGCUGGUGGACCACAAGCAGCAAUGUACAAUAAUGGUGGAUUGUAUGGUAUAGCUGGUCCUUCGUCUGGGCAUGGUUUUGCACAGAUGUCGCAGUCGUUUGAUCGUUCAAUGAUAGGUGGUUCGUUCAGUGGAACUGACUGCGACAUGAUGUCUGUUCAGCAUCAUCAGCACAAAGACGAUUGCCCUAUGGCACUUGGAAAGCAUAAGCAUACUGCAAACAUGUCCUCUGCAGUUGGUGGAACUAGUUCCAGUGGCAACAGUAAUUGUAAUGGUAAUUCUCUUCCCAGUUCUCAUGUUGGUCCUAGUCGGGCAAGUAGCUCGAGCGGAUCCUCAAAUUCUACGAUCACAUCAUCGGCUUUGCUAGAACCUAUCAAGGUAAACCGGAAACCGAAUUGCCUUUCGAAAUGUAUCGAUUGCAGUGUGGGAUGUGAGGUGGAAUUUCCUCUCGAUGCCAUCGCGUGCAUUUUCGAUUGUCUUACGGAAGCAUCGUUAAUACCGGAAGCAGUUACUGUUCAGAUGAACGAAAUGAGCCGCAUGGCGUAUGAUGCCGGUAAUGGUGGUGGUGGUGGUGGUGGUCCCGGUGGCAGUGGCGCAGGAGGAUCAACCGCACCGGAGGAUGUCAACAUCAUUGCACCUAAGUACCGCCAUCUGCCGAUAGCGGAUUCAGCCGACAGACACGAAACAUACCUGACGCUUGCGUUUGAGGCGGCCAUUUUGGCACUAAGCAAACAACGCAUCAUGCCACACGGUUUGUACGCGCAGCAUGUCAUCUGCAAACAGCAGGAUCAGUUGAUCCAACGACUACGCAGCAUUGAUCUUGACUCGGUGCUGGUUGGCAUUCUACGGAAGCUUAGCGUACAGCUGCUAGACGGUGGUCCAACGAGUGGUUUGGGUGAGAUGAUCCAUCCCGAGUCAGUGCCAAUGCACACGCUAGCCCGUUUCCUGUUCGCGUCGUUGCUAAAUCAACAUUCCGAUUUGGCGUUUGAAAUUGGACUACGGGCAAUGCGUUUCCCCAUACUGGAGAACAUAAACGAGGGUGCAUCGGUGAACGGUAUUGAACUGCAGCACAACAACUUUAUGCAUUCGCCCUAUCCGCGUUGGUGGACACUGGGGCAUCUGGAGACGCAACAAUGUUCGCUCAGCUCAACGAUGCUGAGUGCGGCAAAGGGCGAUACGAAACGUUUGUCUGCGGUGCUGCAAAAUGCUCGGCGAAACAUACACAGCUCAUCGCAUCUGUUUAAGCUUGCCCAAGAUGCGUUCCGCUUUGCUACGCCAGAAAAUGGUCCACGCAGCCAAACCUUGCUUGGAGUGGCAUUUGAAUUGGGACUUCAGGUGAUGCGCAUGACGCUGACAUGCCUCAAUUGGCGUCGGCGUGAAAUGGUUCGGUGGUUGGUAACUUGUGCGUCUCAUGUUGGCAUUGAUGCUCUUAUGUCCAUCAUGCAAAAUUGGUAUCAUCUGUUUACGCCAACGGAAGCAACCGGACCAGUUGCAACAACUAUCAUGUCACAUUCGACGAUCAUGAGACUGAAUCUGAACUUCCGUCAGCAGGACGAGUUGUCUAAUUGCGCCCGAACACUGGCACUACAGUGUGCUACGAAAGAUCCACCGAACUGUGCCCUGAAUGCGCUAACGCUAUGCGAGAACGACGCGAUGGCCUUCGAAACAGCAUAUCAUAUAGUAAUAGAUGCUGCAACACACAUCAUGACCUCUAGUCAACUAUUCACUAUUGCUCGGUACAUGGAACAUCGCGGGUAUCCAGCACGUGCUUACAAUUUAGCUAUGCUCGCAAUGAAAAACGUCCAACUGGCCUAUAACCAAGACACACAUCCGGCUAUUAACGAUAUACAUUGGGCGUGCGCGUUAUCUCAUUCGCUUGGCAAGACAGAAUUGUCGAAGAUGAUACCAUUAGUGAUAAAGAAUGUGCAGUGUGCUACCGUGCUAUCGGACAUACUGAGGCGUUGCAGCGUUCCUACACCCGGGCUGCACAAUUUUGGUGCUCACGGUGCAAGAGGUAACAAUUUGAGACAAUGCAUCAAGUUGAGCUACGACCGUGAGCCGUUAAAUCAGUUACUGGAAGCUGCCGUUUCGGCAUACGUCAAUACUACACAUUCAAGAUUAUCUCACAUCUCGCCGCGCCAUUAUAGUGAUUUCAUUGACUUCCUGAGCAAAGCGCGUGAUACAUUCAUGCUCGCGCGCGAUGGACCGGCUCACUUUUCACGUCUCAUUGAAAACAUAACAAUAGCCUACAAGGGCAAGAAAAAGCUGGUUCGACAAGUUCGACAACGUUUUCAAUUUGUUUAA